GGUCAGAGACACCCGGUGGUUGCCAGGGCAGCGGCCGGCGGUCGGCAGCGAAUUGGCGGCGGAUGGCUUUCAGCGAGAGCCGGCCCGAAGCGGCCGAGGUGGAACAGGAUGAAGGGGCGGGAGGGGAGCCCGAUCUCAUCGCUAAGGCCAACUCACUGCAGACCUUCAGCGAGAGCGAGGAGGUCCGGAGCCUGCUGCUAGGCCUGGGCAGCGCGGGCGCCGCUGAGCCGGCCCACAGCGAGAUCAUCAGCCAGAAGUUCACCGUCAUAAUGGAUAAAUACCAGGAACAACCUCAUCUGCUGGACCCACAUUUGGAAUGGAUGCUGAAUAUACUACUGGAUAUAGUGCGCAAUGAACAUUCUCCUUCAUCUCUUGUACAUCUUGCGUUCAAAUUCCUUUAUCUCAUCUCAAAGGUGCGUGGCUAUAAAUAUUUCCUGAGAUUGUUCCCUCAUGAAGUGGUAGAUCUGCAACCAGUGUUGAAUUUACUCAGUCAGCAAGACCCAAAAGACUGUGAUACCUGGGAGACUCGUUACAUACUUCUAUUAUGGUUAUCCAUGACCUGUUUACUCCCAUUCGAUAUGGCACGACUUGACGGUAACAAUUCGACACAAGCAGGGCAAUCUAGGACACCAACAAUGGAUCGGAUUUUGAAUGUCGCAAAGUCUUACCUGACAGUCAGUGACAAAGCAAGAGAUGCUGCUGCUGUCCUUGUAUCCAAGUUUGUAACUCGCCCAGAUGUCAAAGAGAAAAGAUUGCCAGAUUUCUUGGAUUGGGUGCUGACCUCAUUGUCUAAAGCCAAUCAGACAAUGGAAGGCAUGGUUGUGAUAGAUGGAAUGCUUCAAGCUCUGGCACAACUAUUUAAACAUGGAAAAAGAGAUGACUUUUUACCCUUUGCUCCAACAGUUUUGAAGUGCCUCGAUGAACGUAACAUUCCUGAGUGUAACCACACUAUUCUUCGCAAACUGGGCAUAAAACUCAUUCAAAGGUUGGGCCUUACAUUUCUGAAACCGAAGAUUGCUAAAUGGAGAUAUCAGCGUGGGAGCAGAUCUUUGGCAUUGAACUUACAAAUGGCUGGUCAAGCUGCGAGCAGCAUUUCAUCUGUACAGAAAAUGGAAUCAAGGACAGAUGAUAAUGAUGAUGAUGAUGAAUAUGACAUCCCUGGAGAGAUAGAGAAUAUAGUAGAGCAACUGCUAUUUGGGUUGAAGGACAAAGAUACUAUUGUCAGGUGGUCUGCAGCAAAAGGGAUCGGAAGAGUGACUGGAAGACUUCCAAAAGAGCUUGCAGAUGAUGUUGUUGGAUCUGUACUUGAAUAUUUCAGUUUUCAGGAAACAGACACAGCCUGGCAUGGUGGAUGUCUUGCCCUUGCAGAACUGGGCAGAAGAGGAUUGUUACUUCCUUCUCGGCUCCCAGAUGUUGUACCUGUAAUACUCAAAGCAUUGACUUUUGAUGAGAAGCGUGGUGCUUGCAGUGUGGGCUCGAACGUGAGAGAUGCAGCUUGCUACGUCUGCUGGGCCUUUGCUCGUGCUUAUGACCCUCAAGAAAUGAAGCCAUUUGUUAAUCAGAUAGCAAGUUCCUUGGUGAUAACAGCUGUGUUUGAUCGAAAUGUUAACUGUCGAAGGGCUGCCUCAGCUGCUUUCCAGGAGAACGUUGGAAGACAGGGUACAUUUCCACAUGGAAUUGAGAUACUUACUGCAGCUGACUAUUUUGCAGUUGGAAAUCGGACCAAAUGUUUUUUGAAUAUUAGCAUUUACAUUGUUGGAUUCCCUGAGUAUACACAACCUUUGAUCGAUCAUCUGAUACAAAAGAAAUUUAACCACUGGGAUUGUGCCAUUCGAGAACUCACAGCAAAGACCCUCCAUAAUCUUACUCCACAUGCUCCAGAAUACAUGGCAAAUAUUGCUUUGCCACGAUUGCUACCUUUAGCGACAGGCAUUGAUUUGAACACUCGUCAUGGUGCUGUCUUGGCCUGUGCAGAAAUUGUUUACGCGCUGUAUAAAAUGGCUGUUGAGAACAACAGGCCAGUGACUGACUACAUUAAUGAGAAUACACUGGAAAGUCUGAAGAACAUUCAUCGAAAGCUUUAUAACUGCCAGUUAUAUAGAGGGUUUGGUGGAGCAUUUAUGAGACCAGCAGUUUGCUGCUUCAUUGAGAGAAUGUCACUGUCAAAGCUGCCUUUGAAGAAUGACCCUAUAAUUGGUGAAUGGCAGUGGCUUAUUGAUGACAGUCUGAAAAGCAUACAUCAUUUUACCAGCACUGCAAAACAGAAAAUCAAGUUUCAGGAUGCUGUGAUCUCAGCACUGACUGCUUUGUGCAAUGAGUACUAUCAAACUGCCCAGGGAACAGCAGACCCUGAAGUACAGAAUAAGCUAGUGGACAAAUAUAUUUCAGAGCUUCAACGUUCUGAAGAAAUGACUCGCUGCGGAUAUUCUUUGGCUUUGGGUGCACUUCCUAAAUUUAUGCUCAAUGGUAAACUCCACCAGGUGUUAGAAGGUCUACAGAGAGUCACCUGGAUCACAGUGAAAGAUACCACCUUUGCAGAAGCAAGGAGGGAUGCACUGAAAGCCAUUGCUCAAGUCUGUAAAACUGCAGGGGUGCAUGAAGAUGGGCCAUGUGAUCAAGUCAUCUGCCGAAGUAAUGUAUCCCAGAUCUACAGUAGUCUUUUAGAUUGUUUGAAUGACUAUACUACUGACAGUCGAGGAGACAUUGGAGCAUGGGUACGAGAAGCUGCCAUGACAAGUUUGAUGGAAUUAACAAUACUCCUGGUACAAACACAACCUCAGCUCAUCUCUCCUGAUAAUUGUAGACAAAUGAUGUGCUACCUGGCUCAACUGUCAGCUGAGAAGAUUGAUCGAUUUCGAGCGCAUGCUGGCUCAGUGUUUCUUCGAAUUCUGCAUUUUGACAACCCUGUAGUUCCACAUGUUCCACACCGGGAGGAGCUAGAGAAUAUUUUUCCGAGGUCAGAAUUUGAAACCCUGAAUUGGAGUGCACCCUCUCAAGCCUUCCCUCCUAUCACAAAGCUUCUUGGGCUUCCAACUUACCAGUACCGUGUUCUGCUGGGUCUCACUGUUUCAGUAGGAGGACUUACUGAAUCCACGGUGCGAUAUUCAGCCCAGUCACUUUUUGAUUAUCUCAAAACAAUCCGCAAUGACUUGGAAGCCAUGAACAAGUUUUGUAGAGUCUUAAUACAAAUCUUUAAGGAUAAUAUACAUAAUGACAGGGUGUCCAUUCCUAUGCUGAAGAUGCUUGACCAAAUGCUGGCUAAUGGAUGCUUUGAUAUUUUCAUAGGAGACGAAAGUCAUUUCUAUGCCAAAGAGUUACUUACCCUCUGCAAAGAAGAAAUCCGGAAGUCCAAAGACGUCCAGAAGCUUCGAGCUAGCAUUUCCAUGUUCUGUGGUCUUAUUCAGUUCCAAGGCGAAAUCAGAAAAAAUGUUCUUUUCCAGCUCUUGCUCCUAUUGUGCUACCCCUUCCCAACAAUAAGGAAAACGACUGCCAGCCAGCUGUAUGAAAUGCUUUUAACAUAUGAUGAUGUAAUUGAUGCAGAGGUAUUGGAUGAAGUGAUGGCAAGUCUUAGUGACAACAACUGGGAUGCUGAUCUUCCCACUGUCCGAGCUCAACGGAAUCAUCUAUGUGAUCUGAUGGGAGUCCCCAAACCAGUAAUUGCUAAGCAGCACACAGGCGUUCUAUGAUGGAUGAUUUAUCAUGUGUCUGGACAGACAAGGGCAUGCAGAGAGCUAAAUGUGUUUUCAGUCUACUGGAUCUCGGGUGAAUUUCACAAACUGUUCCAAUCUGGAUGCCACUACAAAGCAGGGCAUGUAAGAAGAUGACUGAAGAGCUGCUCAGCAUGUGAAAAUACAAGCGAAUAAAGAGUAGACUGUGUUCAACCUCAGCAUUCCCCUCCAGAUGUUGUUCUUGAUGUGGUUACCGAUUUCCUUAAGAUCCUACAGGGGGUAAAAUGCUGAAUGAGUCAGAUGUGAAUGCACUAAUGUUAGCAAAAUGUGUUUUUUUAAAAUGUCGUGUUUAGAUGUAACCCUUCCCCCACAAGAUGGCACCCCUGCUCCCUCAACAUCCUUUAUUCAGGUGGACAGUACAAGAGCUAAUGUUCUGUUUUGUAUGAUCAACCUGACCCUAAAACAUUCUUCAAUAAAAUCAUGAGUUUUGCUUCUA